GUCAUGGUGGUUAAUAAUAUCACCUCCACCCACCCAGUGGCCUUCGUGUUGAUGGGGAUUCCAGGCCUGGAGCACCUCCACAUUUGGAUCUCCAUCCCCUUCUGCUCAGCCUAUACAUUGGCUUUGCUUGGUAACUGCACCCUCCUUCUCAUCAUCCGAGUUGAUGCAGCCCUCCAUGAGCCCAUGUACCUCUUUCUGGCCAUGUUGGCAGCUGUCGAUUUAGUCCUUUCCUCUUCAACAUUGCCUAAAAUGCUUGCCCUGUUCUGGUUCAGAGACCGAGAGAUCGGUUUCUAUGCCUGUCUGGUCCAGAUGUUCUUUCUCCACUCCUUUGCCAUCAUGGAGUCAGCCAUGCUGCUGGCUAUGGCCUUUGACCGCUAUGUCGCCAUCUGCAGACCACUGCACUACACCACGAUCCUGACCAAGCCCCUCAUCAUCAAGAUUGGCGUGGCUGCUGUGACCCGGGCUGUGACACUCAUGACUCCGCUCCCUUUUCUGUUGCGACGCUUCCACUACUGCCAAGGCACUGCGAUCGCCCACUGUUACUGUGAACACAUGGCUGUGGUAAGGCUGGCGUGUGGGGACACCUGGUUCAACAACAUCUACGGCAUUGCUGUGGCCAUGUUUAUCGUGGUGCUGGACCUGCUGUUUGUUGUCUUGUCUUAUAUCUUCAUCCUUCAGGCAGUUCUCCAGCUUGCCUCCCCGGAGGCCUGCUACAAGGCCUUCGGGACAUGUGUGUCUCACAUAGGUGCCAUCUUAGCCUUCUACACACCUGUCAUCAUCUCCUCAGUCAUGCACCGAGUAGCUCGUCAGACCGCCCCUCAUGUCCACAUACUUCUUGCUAAUUUCUAUCUGCUCUUCCCACCCAUGGUCAAUCCCAUCAUUUAUGGUGUCAAGACUAAGCAGAUUCGUGAGCGAGUCUUGGGAUUAUUCCUCAGAAAGGAUGUAAAAGGAGAGUGA